AUGGCUUUUCAUCAAAACUUCAGUGGCCUUACCAUGAAUUAUGGAUCAGAGAGUAACAACAUCCCACGUAAACAAAUGCAGAAUUCUAGCCCACAGCCGAUCGACAAUCCAAACGGGUGCUUCGACUGCAACAUUUGUCUCGACUCAUCUCACGACCCGGUUGUCACACUUUGCGGCCAUCUCUACUGUUGGCCAUGCAUCUACAAAUGGCUCCGAGUUCAAAAUUCAUCAAUCGAGUCGAACGAGCUUCCUAAAUGCCCCGUUUGUAAAUCACACAUCUCAACUUCCACUCUUGUCCCCUUAUACGGCCGAGGUACAUCCGAGCCCGAGACUAAAAAAACCAACCAGUUAGAUUUGACCGUACCCGAUCGACCCCAGGCCUUUGGGAUGAAUUCUGUGUUAGCUCCCACAAAUCAUCUGAACCAUCAAAAUCACCAAAACCCUUCUCAAUCGCUUAACCGGGCUUACCAAGUGGGCCCAUCAUCUAUGAGCUUCUACAGCCCGACUAUCAAUAUGGUAGGCGAAUUGGUGUUUGCUCGGAUGUUCAGGAGCCCGGACACGAAUCUGUUUGCUUAUCCUUCGUACUCUAACUAUGGACAUUUUUCGGGGAAUGGUAGCCCGAGGCUGAGGAGGCAAGAAAUGCAGGGCAUCAAUGGGCAGGGUAGUCGGUGGAUCAACGCUCGUGCGACUUAUUAUGGCGGGAAUCAAAAUCCGAGCACCCUUGGGGGAGCUUGUGGUUACGAAAACAGCUACCACGCCGGAUUUGGAGUCCACACGACGGCCCUAAGUGCCGCCCUUUUUAGAGGCGGCGAGGCUUGUGGGGCCUGCUAUCAAGUGGUGUGCAACCGGAGGCUCGACCGGCGGUGGUGCCUCCGACAGGGCACCGUCACGGUCACCGCCACCAACUUUUGCCCGUCUAACCACCAAGGCGGGUGGUGCGACCCGCCCCGCCACCACUUUGACAUGUCAGCUCCGGCGUUCUUCCGCAUCGCGAGAAGAGGAAAUGAAGGCAUUGUACCUGUACUGUAUAGGAGAGUGCCAUGCAAAAGAAGAGGUGGGAUCCGAUUCACAUUAAAGGGUCAACCCAACUUCAACAUGAUCAUGAUAACCAACGUGGGCGGAAGUGGUGACGUCAGGACUGCUUGGAUCCGGGGCUCCAGAUCCAGAAACUGGAGCCCCAUGCUCCGAAACUGGGGCGCCAACUGGCAGACCCGGUCCGACUUCCAUGGCCAAACGCUGUCGUUUCGAAUCACUUUGGUCGACGGCAACACGCGCGAAUUCCUCAACGCAGUUCCAUCUUCAUGGAAGUUCGGGCAGACUUUCGCUUCCCGAAAUCAGUUCUACUAA